GCAGGUCCUGCUCUUGUUUUUGAAGGGGAAGAAUCAAUGAUUGCAGCAAUAACAGAGGACCCUUCAAGUUUUAAGGGGAAAACGGUGAUCAUUAGGGGCGAGGGCCCUAAAGGGGGACCGGGCAUGCCUGAAAUGUUAACACCGACUAGUGCCAUAAUGGGGGCUGGUCUGGGGAAGGAAGUGGCAUUGCUGACUGAUGGUAGAUUCUCCGGCGCUUCACAUGGCUUCGUUGUCGGUCACAUAUGCCCUGAAGCAUUGGAAGGUGGACCAAUUGGGUUAGUUCGAAACGGUGAUAUCAUCAACAUCGACGUCCAGAACCAGAGUAUUGAUGUUCAAUUAUCCGAACAAGAGCUGGAAGAACGAAGAAAGAACUGGAUUCCACCUGCAUACCGAGCUACCCGAGGCGUUCUCUACAAGUACAUCAGGAAUGUGCAGGCGGCGUCGAAAGGGUGUGUGACGGACGAGUAGGACGAACCGGGCAGCUGUAGUUAGAGAUCCUUCCUCUUGUUCCCAUUUAGAGUUACUCAACAAAUCCAGUUCCUAAGAUCACAUCCACUUCCUUUCUUGUUUGCUUCAUCAUUUUGUUUCUUUGUCAUUCUUGCAGGGGAAGACC